AUUUUUAAAGGUUUAGUUUUUCAUAACAAACAUAAAUUGAAAUUUAUUCAAAAGUAGAAAAUGUUUGUAAAAAGACUAAUUCGUCAAGGUGUCUCAAUACAUAAGCUUAAAACCAAAUCGGUACCAGAAAAUUUCCCCAAAAGAUGUUUCCAAAUUUCUAGUACACAAUUUGAGGAAAACAAAUCGAUUAAAAUAAGAGACCCAUUUGAAGAUGUGAAGGACAAAAACAAGGACACCUACUUGCAAAUGAUCAACAUUUUUCUGGAUAGAGAUCACGUUUACCGAAGAGGACACGUAGAGUUUAUUUAUGCCGCUUUGAAGCACAUGAAAGACUUUGGAGUACAUAGAGAUUUAGAAGUCUAUAGAUCUUUGAUAGAUGUUUUGCCAAAAGGCAAAUUCGUACCCCAAAACAUAAUCCAGGCGGAAUUCAUGCAUUAUCCCAAACAGCAACAAUGUAUCAUCGAUUUAUUAUCACAAAUGGAAGAGAAUCACGUAUUGCCAGAUUUUGGAAUGGAAGAUCAACUUCUGGCGAUAUUUGGAAAGAGGGGAUACCCAGUAAGGCGCUACUGGAGAAUGAUGUAUUGGAUGCCUAAGUGGAAAUACGCUUCACCAUUUCCUUUGCCAGAUCCUUUACCCAAGGAUACCUAUGAGCUGGCUAAAUUAGCCAUAGAGCGCAUAAGCAAUGUGGAUGCAACUAAUCAAAUAACAAUUUAUCAAACGGGGGAUAUUACAGAUUCUGUAGACGAUACUUGGAUUGUUAGUGGCCAAAGUGCAACACAAAAGUGCCUGUUAAGUGAAAACGACCCUAAAGAUCCAGUUUUUGUGGAAGGACCUUUUUCAGUAUUCCUGCAUGGAAAUUAUAUUUAUUAUUUCACAUUGCGUGGCAAGGCGAGGCCCUACGACAACAGCUAUCAAGACCCAGACGAAGUGGACAAAAUCGAAGCCAACUUUUUCACUUACAAACCCCCUAUAAAAAGUAUUGUUAAAACACCCACAGUGCACGAACAAGAGGACGGGGUUAUUUACGCAGUAUGUGCGACAGGGACUUCUAGUAAAGACUCUUUACUUUCUUGGAUAAGGCAUUUGGAACGGGACGGUAAUUCUGUUUUAGGGAGUUUGCCUAUAGUUUUUACUUUGAGGACUUCAAAUAGGGAAAUUGCUACUGUGGAAACUGAAGACCAAAGGAGGGAGAAAGAAAAUACGCAAAUUGGGGAUAGAUAGUAUUAAGUUUAUAAUUAUUUUGUUUGUAUAUAAAUUCAAUAAAAUUGCUUCAAUUUUU